CGCGCGUCUGUCCACGGACGGACGUUCUCGAAGUUGUCCGGUCCGUGUUCCAGAAACCAUUUACAAGGAAAAGAGAAAAGAGUGGCGACGGUCUGAGAAGGGAACACCAGACAGAGAUAUCAGUCUGGAAUCAAUCGUCUGCUGUUUGUUGCGCACAGACCUCGGGUUUGGAACCACACCUUUCGCAGAGACCACUGGGGUUGCUGAUACACACACCUACAAGCCCGCUUGGGCAGUCCCACGCGACCAGGAGGAGAAUGCGUCAGCCCCAACGCCAGCUGUCAUCAACAUAUAGUGUGCUUCCCCUCAGCUAUUUGCUGUGGACCUUCGGUCCCUGGCUCUUGAUUUUUUUCUCCAACGCCAAGACCGGCAAGGCCUCCGAGUGCCUGGUAGGAUGCACGUUGUUGGGGCUGGAUCCUUUCGACGCCGACAUGCCGGUGGAGUGGGAUGAUCGCGGUAAAUGCACCGACGGCGCCGCGUGCGAAGUGAAUGCUUGGGACACCGAAGCUACCUGGGCUGGCUGCGGCAGUGCCGAUGCGUCCAGAUGUCUAUGGGCCGCCGGGUCUGGGGAGGAGGGCUCCAGCGACUGCACGUGCUCAGUGUGUGGCGCCCCGGACACCUCUGCCUCUUCGUAUAUGAGCGACUACCCCACGUGGACUAGAAUUACCUGCUACAUUGCGGACAUGGAAGCCAUGGGAUAUGAUGCAAGCGUUUGCGUCGCUGCGGUGGUCGACGAUGGCGUCAUGGCCUGCGUGGAUGAACCGUACGAAGGACCAACGUUCGAGCAAGUUAGCUGCCCUCCUUCUUCACUCGCCCUCACUACGUCUAGUGAGUGCUUGUUCGACGGAUCCUUGAGGGAGGCCGGAGAAAUGUUCGCAAGUAUAGGGACCCCGGCGGAUUUCGACCACGUCAUCCAUCGCCUAACUCGACAAGUUCGAGACGACGACGACCACGGCGGCGGCGGUGACACAUUCCCCUCAGAUGGUGGUCGUGCGGUGGAUACGCCAGCCCCAAGACCUGGGGAAGAUGCUGAUGACGCCGGCGAUGGCAGUGAAGAUUUUUCUGCAUGGAGGAUAAUACUAUUAGUGAUAGGGAUACCAUUAGUAGUGUUUUUUUCUGGGGUUGGGGUCCGUGCUUGUUGUUGUAAGAAUGACUGCGACUUGCUGCAACAACAACAGCUGCUUAGUCAAUGGAUGAGGAUCAGAGCGGUCUUCAUCUGCGACGGGCGCCCCGACAUUCUGUAAGCCCUAAUAUUGGACCCUACUGGCCUCUUUCCGAAAGACGACGGAAUACCGCCGCCGUACAUUUCAACGGGUUGGAAGAGGCCACUGAACUGGACAUCUCGCCGUGAUGACGUGCACAUUGCGGGGGAUCGCGAGGGACCACGUGGCUCUAGGCACCACGCGUCGCUCGCGCGCACCCGUGUCCCGGAGUUUUUUUCGAGACCUGAAAUGCAGGAUCCCAAGCUGGGGAGCAGGGGGACGGGCGAUGUGGCUGUGCCUGGUCUGAGUAACGUUUAGACUAUUCGAUCUCUUUACCCUUUUUUCUGCGUUAGCGAUGCUCGUGUA